AUGGCUCACAAGGGACUAGAGAGUGUUAUAAACAAAAACAUCGAGUUCGCGUUCAUGCUCCUUAAGCUGAUGAUUGGUGCAAUGGUGCUCUCCAUUUUCAUUUUUGUGUUCUUCGUUGUUAGAGCAGCCAGAAGAGAGAUGUAUUUAUAUGUUGCACUCAUAAAUCAAAUGGAAGCAACUCAACAAACAGAAAGAAAGAGAAUGAAUAAGAGUCUCGCCUUUGCAAGUGCCAGCCAUAAUGUGCGUGCUUCUCUAGCCGGCAUAACUGGCUUGAUAGGGAUAUGUCACAAUCAAGUCUCUCCCGGAUCCGAGUUGGAGACAAACUUAACACCAAUGGUAGCCUGCACAAAGGAUCUUCUGGGUAUACUGAAUUCUAUUCUUGAUACAAGCAAGAUUGAAGCUGGCAAGAUGCUACUUGAAGAAGAAGAAUUUGACUUGGCACAGCUACUUGAAGAUGUAGUUGAUUUAUAUCAUCCUCUUGGUAUGAAAAAGGGUGUAGAUGUGGUGUUGGACCCCUAUGAUGGCUCUGUUACAAAACUUUCUCAUGUUAAAGGCGAUCGGGGGAAACUGAAACAGAUAUUAUGUAACUUACUGAGCAAUGCUGUCAAAUUUACCUCUGAGGGACAUGUUUCUGUUCGAGUUUGGGCAAGGAAACCUAGGUUUGAAAAGUCGAUACUUGCUUCUAAUCGAAACAAUUCAAUAGGAUGCAUAUCAUGCUUCUGCUUUAAGAAUGAUAAAUCAUACAAUGACUUGGAAGCCAUGAACAACACACUCCAACAAGAUCCCAAACACAUGGAAUUUGCAUUUGAGGUAAAUGACACAGGAAAGGGAAUUCCUAAAGAGAAGCAAAAAUCCGUUUUUGAAAACUAUGUUCAGGUCAAAGAGACAGCUCCUGGACAAGCAGGCACUGGCUUAGGGCUUGGUAUUGUUCAAUCUCUGAUACAUUUAAUGGGUGGAGAGAUAGGAAUUCUGGACAAGGAAGUUGGAGAAAAGGGAACUUGCUUUAGGUUCAACACCUUCCUCACUGUAUGUGAGACCGACACAAGUGGUAAUGAAAGCGAAGAUGACAAUGAGUCUCAUGGUGGCUACAUAUCCAGUGACUCAUAUCAACAUUCAGGGCCAAGUACUUGUAUUCAUAGUCCUAAGCUAGAAGGAUCCCAUGUUGUACUCUUCAUUCAGAGCGACAACAGGGUUGUUUGGAUAGAUAAAACAAGUGCUCAAAGCAUUAAUGCCCAAGGCCUUGAUAAGGACAAGCUACCUCCUACAGAUCUGAUCAUAUCUAAGCCAUUUCAUGGUUCUCGUUUGUAUCAAGUGAUCAAUCUUCUACCAGAGUUUGGGGGAAUAACGCCCGUGAUGCCACCAAAAAUAAAGGGAGAAAAUAAGAACCAUUCUGGCAAAGUUCACACAGAAUCCAGUACUUCAGCAACUAAGACUCACCUGAUGCCGAGAUUAAGAUAUUCUCGGGCUCAAAACCUCCAAACACAUCAGGGGGAAAUACAGGAACUUGGCGGCCCAAGCUCUAAUAAACCUCUGAGUGGGAAGAAAGUCUUGGUAGCAGAGGAAAACUUAGUGUUACGCAAAGUAACUAUGACUCGUCUUUAUCAGCUUGGUGCAACUGUUAUCCUCUGUGAAAAUGGGGAAGAAGUUUUGCAACUAGUUUGCAAUGGUCUAAGUCAUCAAAGGAAGCACGGAGCUGCUCAUAUUCUACCUUAUGAUUAUAUCUUGAUGGAUUGCGAGAUGCCCGUGAUGGAUGGCUGUGAAGCAACCAGACACAUACGACAAGAAGAGGAAUAUUAUGGCGUUCACAUACCAAUCAUCGCAUUAACUGCUCAUUCAACAGGUGAGGAUGCCAGCACGAUGAUUCAGGCUGGAAUGGAUUAUUAUUUAUCGAAACCACUGAAUGGGGAACAGCUAUUGGAAGCCAUCAUACACAUGCAAAGCAAAUGA